UGGCAAAACGCAUGCGCGUGCGUUUACUAUAGCCGACCAAGGAGCUGUAGAACGGAAUAGAAUGAAAUGUAACAAAACAAGCCGAGUCUUUGUAUCUACUUAAAGGGACCGCUGCUACUUCCCUCCUUCCAACCUUUUAAUGUUGGACAAUCAUUUUCUAUUGAUUGGAAAGUCAGAUUGGAAAGUCGUAGGAAGGGAAGGCAAUUUUUCUGUUACCUCGAGGCAGCCCAGGAGCAAGAGCGAGCCCAGGAGUCAGAGAGGAAGGUACAGCAUUUAAAGUAAGAAAGAAAAAAAAAAGCCAGCCCCGAGUGGACUCUCGUCAUUGGGGCAACCCAACCAGCGGUGUAACGUGGAUCCAAAAGGACUGGAAUGCAAACAAAGAUCGCAGCCGGGAGUGGAAGGAGCGAAAAAGAGCUAAGAAAGUUUUUUUUUUUUAUGAUGGCUUGAGUGUGGUUACGUUUGGGAGGAGAGCCUGAAAAGUUUCUUUCUUCUAACUCUUAAUUUGCGGGGAGCUUUGGGGAAACGCUUAUGUGAGCCAACCGACGACGUGGGCUGCUGCUGCCGGGGGCCACCUGUUUCGCGUUCCUUUUAACUUUUGCGGGACAGAUCACGAUGUCGAAAGUGAUCCAGAAGAAGAAUCACUGGACGACCAAGGUGCAUCAGUGCACCGUGAGCCGGGGGUCCAAGGGCGAGUUGUGCCUGACGGUCCUGGGGGGAGCGGAAUAUGGAGAGUUCCCCUACGUGGGAGCAGUGGAGCAGGGGCAGACGGGGCUUUCCAACUGCGAUGGGCAACUGAGCGAAGGAGAACUCCUGCUGGAAGUGCAAGGGAUCCGGGUGUCGGGCUUACCUCGCUAUGACGUGCUGGGAGUUAUCAACAGCUGCAAGGAGUCUGUCACCUUGAAAGCCGUAAGACAAGGAAGUAGAUUGAACAAAGAUCUGAGACACUUUCUCAAUCAGCGGUUUCAGAAAGGAUCCCCCGAUCAUGAACUGCAGCAGACCAUAAGAGAUAACCUUUAUCGCCAUGCUGUGCCUUGCACAACCCGUCCUCCCCGAGAAGGAGAAGUGCCUGGUGUGGACUACAAUUUUCUCACGGUGAAAGAGUUCCUGGAUCUUGAGCAGAGUGGAACUCUCCUAGAAGUUGGAACUUAUGAAGGUAACUAUUAUGGAACACCCAAGCCUCCCAGCCAAUCCAUCAGUGGGAAACUGAUUUCCACUAAUGCUCUGCAAAACCUUCAGUCCGGCUCCAACCAGUCAACCCCGAAGAGAACCAAGUCCUACAAUGAUAUGCAAAAUGCUGGCAUAGUGCAUGCAGAAAAUGAUGAUGAUGAUGAUGAUGAUGUUCCUGAAAUGAACAGUAGCUUUACAGCAGAUUCUGGUGAUCAAGACGAGCACAAUACCCAAAGUACAAGAGAGACCACCCAACCACCUGCUGUUAAUAGUGUCACAUCUGUUCCCAUCACGGAAUCAUCUCAGAAACUCCCUCAAUACCUACCUCUUUCCGCAGAGGAAAACUUAGGUCCUCUACCUGAAAAUUGGGAGAUGGCCUACACUGAGAAUGGAGAAGUCUAUUUUAUAGACCAUAACACUAAAACAACAUCUUGGCUAGAUCCUCGGUGCCUGAACAAACAGCAAAAGCCUUUGGAAGAAUGUGAAGAUGAUGAAGAAGGGGUACACACCGAGGAAUUGGACAGUGAACUAGAAUUACCUGCUGGGUGGGAAAAGAUCGAAGACCCUGUUUAUGGUGUCUACUAUGUAGACCACAUCAACAGGAAGACACAAUAUGAAAAUCCUGUUCUGGAAGCCAAACGGAAGAAACAGCUUGAGCAGCAGCAGCAGCAACCAGAAGAAUGGACAGAAGAACAUUCAUCCCUCCCUCCUCCUGUUCUUCCAAGCCACUCUGCAAGCAACCAGGAACCUGUCAGAGAAGCUCCAGUUCAAGGCUCCAGGGCGUCGAUCGCUAAAUCAGCAGCCCACGAGUACCUGUCCUGUGGAUUACGGCUCUACAAAGACCAGGGGGACAACUGCAGGCAUCGCACGGACCACACUGCACUGCUGGAGUCCGAUGCAUCCCUGCCGCCCUCGGGAACCCCUGACGAGGUUGUGACAUGCCAUGCUGAUGGUGAAAGGCUGGAGGAAGAUCGCAUAAAGCUGAGCAAACCCUUUUUUACAAGAAAUCCAUCAGAGCUGAAAGGCAAGUUCAUUCACACGAAACUAAGAAAAAGUAGCAGAGGCUUUGGCUUCACUGUUGUUGGAGGGGAUGAGCCUGAUGAAUUUCUUCAGAUCAAAAGUUUGGUGCUGGAUGGUCCUGCUGCAUUGGAUGGCAAGAUGGAGACAGGAGACGUGAUCGUCAGUGUGAAUGACACCUGUGUGCUGGGGCAUACCCAUGCUCAAGUUGUCAAAAUAUUUCAAUCCAUUCCAAUUGGUGCCAGUGUGGACCUUGAACUUUGCCGAGGUUACCCGUUGCCUUUUGACCCAGAUGACCCCAAUACGAGCCUGGUGACAUCAGUGGCCAUUUUAGAUAAAGAGCCAAUCAUUGUGAAUGGGCAGGAAAGUUAUGAUUCUCCAGCUAGCCACAGCAGCAAAACAGGAAAGGUAAAUGGCACGAAGGAGCCAAGGCCCAGCAGUCCUGCUGAAGUGUCUGCAAACAGUUCCCAUGGCUACGCCAAUGAUACUGUGUCCUUGGCUUCCUCUAUUGCAACCCAGCCUGAACUUAUAACAGUUCAUAUAGUCAAAGGGCCCAUGGGAUUUGGUUUUACUAUAGCAGAUAGUCCAGGUGGUGGAGGUCAAAGAGUAAAACAAAUUGUUGACAGCCCUCGGUGCAGAGGCCUCAAGGAAGGAGAUCUUAUAGUUGAAGUCAAUAAGAAGAAUGUGCAGAACCUUACUCACAACCAAGUGGUGGAUAUGCUGAUUGAAUGUCCCAAAGGAAGAGAAGUGACAUUAUUGGUUCAACGAGGAGGACUGCCAGUCCCAAAGAGGAGCCCAAAGUCGCAACCGCUGGAAAGGAAAGACAGCCAAAACAGUUCUCAGCAUAGUGUUUCUAGUCACCGCAGCACCCACACUGCUUCUCCCAUACACAGCACUCAGGUGCUUCCUGACUACACUACGGCCGAAGGACCAGCAGUGGACCUAACAGAAAAUUCUGGACAGAAAAAACCAGAUCCAUUCAAAAUCUGGGCUCAGUCCAGGAGCAUGUAUGAAAGCCGACCUAUGUCACCUUCGCCUGCAUCGGGAUUGAGCAAGGGUGAAAGAGAGAGAGAAAUCAAUACCACGAAUUUUGGAGAAUGUAAGAUUCCAGAUUAUCAAGAACAGGAUAUCUUCCUAUGGAGAAAAGAAACUGGAUUUGGAUUUAGGAUCCUGGGUGGAAAUGAGCCUGGAGAACCUAUUUAUAUUGGUCACAUUGUACCACUGGGUGCUGCUGAUGCUGAUGGUCGCUUAAAGUCUGGAGAUGAACUGAUCUGUGUGGAUGGAACACCAGUGGUUGGGAAAUCUCACCAACUUGUAGUCCAACUUAUGCAGCAAGCUGCCAAACAAGGUCAUGUCAAUCUCACUGUGAGGCGCAAAGUAGUGUAUGCAGUUCCCAAAACUGAGAAUGAGGUACCCUCCCCGGCUUCUUCUCACCACAGCAGCAAUCAACCGGCUUCCCUGACUGAAGAGAAACGUACACCUCAGGGAAGCCAAAAUUCCUUGAACACUGUGAGCUCGGGCAGUGGCAGCACCAGUGGGAUCGGCAGUGGAGGUGGGGGCGGCAGCGGGGUAGUUAGCACCGUUGUGCAACCAUAUGAUGUGGAGAUCCGCAGGGGAGAAAAUGAAGGCUUUGGUUUUGUCAUCGUUUCUUCAGUGAGCAGGCCAGAGGCAGGGACCACUUUUGCAGGAAAUGCAUGUGUGGCCAUGCCUCACAAAAUAGGUCGCAUUAUUGAGGGAAGCCCCGCAGACCGCUGUGGCAAGCUGAAAGUAGGAGACCGGAUUUUGGCCGUUAAUGGAUGUUCCAUCACCAACAAAUCACAUUCAGACAUUGUCAACUUAAUCAAGGAAGCAGGAAACACAGUUACCCUGCGCAUCAUUCCAGGGGAUGAAUCCUCUAAUGCCACGUUGUUGACUAAUGCGGAAAAGAUUGCAACCAUCACCACCACUCAUACGCCACAGCAGGCACCACAAGAGGCUAGGAAUAACGCCAAACCAAAGCAAGAAUCUCAAUUUGAAUUCAAAGCUCCCCAGGCAGCACAGCAGGACCAAGAUUUUUAUACUGUUGAACUGGAGAGAGGAGCUAAAGGCUUUGGCUUUAGCCUGCGAGGUGGCAGAGAGUAUAAUAUGGAUCUUUAUGUGUUGCGGUUAGCAGAAGACGGUCCAGCUGAGAGAUGUGGCAAGAUGAGUAUUGGUGAUGAAAUUUUGGAGAUCAACGGAGAAACCACGAAGAACAUGAAGCACGCUCGGGCUAUAGAACUGAUUAAGAAUGGUGGCCGGAGAGUCCGCCUGUUUCUGAAACGUGGAGAUGGCUCAGUACCAGAAUAUGACCCCAGCAGUGACAGGAACAGCCCCACCACAGGUCCACAAAAUGUACCGGAAAUGAAAAAUGUCCCAUCUGACAGACGACUACACUCAUCAUUGGAGUUCAGUUAUCCACCAGACAUCCACACAUCAUCACAACAUGGGGACAAGCGGGCAUAUGUCAAAGACACAAAAGGCAGCAAAAAGUAUAGCCGACAAACCAAUGAACACCACACUUGGAAUGGAACUUCGAAAAGCAAUGACAGUGGACACGGCAGAACAAAGGAGAGGAAGUCGGAUGGCCGAAGAGAAACACCACUUGAGAGGGUGGUGGGAAAUGGAGCAAAAAAGAGAUCUCCAGAAAAGAGGAGGGAAGGAACCAGGAGUGCUGAUAAUACUUUGGAACGGAGAGAAAAGUAUGACAGCAGGAGAGAUGUUUCUCCUGAGAGGAGGAGAGAGACAUCCCCAACUCGUCGAAGAGAUGGGUCACCAAGCAGACGGAGAAGAUCACUUGAAAGAUUCUUGGAUCAAAGGAAAUCUCCAGACCAGAAGAGAGACAGCUCUCCUGGAAGGCGGGCAAAAUCCACAGAUAGAAGGAGGGAGAGGUCACCUGACAGGAGGAGCAAAGACGAAAAACUCAGUUAUAGAGAAAGGGAAGAACGUAAUCUAAAAUAUGAUACCAGUAGAAGUUCUAGGCAGCCCCCUGAACAGAGAAGGAGGCCAUAUAAAGAAUGCAGCACAGAUCUCAGUAUCUGAGGUAUUGAGUCACAUUCCAGCCUUUAAGUGUUAAAGGUUCUAAGAGGGAAACCAACAUUAAGUUGUUUAGGUUUUUUCACAGUAAAACAUCUGACGCCUGAUUAUCUAAUAAAUAGCAUCAAUCAUUUUAUGCAGAUAAAAUCUUAUAACAAAAUAUAUGAGAAGUGUUGUGCCUGAUGUAUAAUAUUAAAGAAAGUAUUUUGAAAUGGAUAUUUUUUGGAAAAUUACUUGCCAAAUGCUGAUCCGAAAGAAUAUAAAACUGUGUUUUUAAAACACUGUAGGUCUUUUGAGGAUUGUUCCUUUAUUGGGUUACUUUUCCUAUUCUAUCUAAAUGAGAUGGUAUCUCAAUAAAGGAAUUAUAUUAUACUCUCCCAAGCGCUUAGUUCAGUGCUUUGCACACAGUAAGCGCUCAAUAAAUAUGAUUGAAUGAAUGAAUAUAUUGAUGUUUAGUUUGAUCCAGAUUAUGUAGUGAUUUCCUGCCAUGCUCUACUUAAGAAUUUUUGACUGAGGGAAUGGGAAGGAACAAGCCAUGUUUUAUUAGCAGGAGCUGAGAAUUCCUCCUGAAGGAAUUGACAGAAAUAUUCCCCAAAUUAAGUAAACUGUUGGAAGAGACUACUAUUUCAAUGAAGGAUAUUUACACAAAAAUACACAGCACAAGGAGAUUUAUCUUCAUGAUUUUUAGGUUAUUCAGGAAACAGCUUAUAUUUUUCCUGAUCCUUAGGAUAUGAGGAGACAGGGGCUGCAAGCUGCCAUGUCUGUAACACAAAUAUAGACCAUCACACUCAUUGGAGUUGAUAACUCUUAAUGAUAGUUCACUAAGGAAGUGCUUCUGCAGUUCAAUUCAACUGCUAAAAGUAUAUAGACAAAAUUCUGCAAAUGCGUGGCUUUGUUUGGAAUAAGGAUAGUGGAUUGGAAGGGAGUGGGGGUGAGAAUAGCUAUCCUAAAAGAUAGGGUCCUUUUGCUUGGUCUAUUCCAUUGGGUGUUUUUUUGCCAAAUUGAGCCCCCCACCUCUCUCCCCCUCUCUUCUCUCUCUCUCCUCUGUCUCUCCCCUCCCCCUCAAAAUAUAUGUUGUAUUUCACUGGCUCAGACUUUUUAUACUAGCAGAGUGCACUUCAUAAAAAAUUGAUAAAGAAUAUCCAAGAUACCCAAGAUGUUUUAAGAUUCAUAAAGAAACAAUCAGUAGAGUGAUAGAUCUGGUUGUGAAAUCUACCUACUGGUUUUCCUAUAAUUUGAAUCUCUGGACAGCAGUAAAAAUGCAAGGGUUUUUCUUCUAAAUUGUAUUUUUAAAGUUGCAAAAUUGUGUGGUAAAGUCUGCUGUAGUAUUGGUAAAAGAUUUUAAUGGAUUACUGCCUAGCUGAGCCAAAAUGUUUGCCAUUACUGUUGGACCACUAAAGUAAACUGCUGCUUACAGUGCAUUGGUGUGUACAUGUAAUACUGUUUGACAUUUUCCAUACAAACACAAAGCAUUGCAAGUCUAUCACUGUUGUUGCCAUGGUACUGUAAAAAAAAAAAAAGAUGGCCAAUCAUUGUGUGUACAGAGUUUAAAUUGUAAUUAAUAGAGCCUGUUGAAGAAAACUGUUGCCUUUUUUCUUGUAUAAAAGAGAAUUUAUGACAAAAUUUAGCUGUGAGGAAUGUGAUGUGUUUAUAUUUCUGAAAAUGGAAAAAUUAAUUCAUGGGGAUAUAUUUUAAUGUAAACUGAAUCAGGUAUGUAAAGCUGUUUUAAAAUGGGAAACUAUAUAUGUAAUUCUAAAGCUUUUGUUGUUUUGGAUAUCAUUUAUUCCUUCAUGGUGGGCCUGCUUGUGUAUUAUUAAGCCCUUGUAUGCAUUCUAUGUCCUUCAAUCAUCACUUCUUGCAAUCUGCUUUAGACAUAAUGCUCUAUUCUGUGUUGCUGAAAAGCAGUAUGUGGGCCAAUCUUUUUAUAAAACACUAUGCAUAUAUAAAUACUUCAUUGUUCAUAGCUUUAUUUGAUUUAUGGGUUUAUACAUAACAGUAUAAGUAAAGGUAGAUGUGGAUUUACCCAGUACAAGCUUCUUUCCUUGAAACAGACACAAUGUACAUUAUUUAGCUAUAAAGGAGAAGAAAGUCUGUGAAUGCUAUUUUUAUGAUCAAAUAAAGUUUUCCAUGCAAAGCAUACAUAUGACUGAAGUAGUUAGAUUAAGGAAGAGCACAACUGAAUAAUGAUGUUUUUGCCCAACUUUUAACAAAGCAUUGAAUUAGAGAGUUCAUUCAAAACCAUCACUGGCUAGAAUUGUACUCCUCAGUUUAAGAAAAAUGGAGUUUUAAACAUCUACUACUCCCAGUCCUACUUUUGAGAUUUUAUGACAGAAGAGGGCUUCUCAGUUGGUCCUGAUGUUGAAAUCACAUUUUACAAUUUGGCCUCAAAGGAAUAGUCCCAAUUCUCAAAAAAAAACCCAAAACCUAAAAACCAUGGGCUAUCAACUUAGACCUAGAAAGAUUUUAAGUGUGACAAUUUGGUCAUCAUAACCCAAGUUCAUAUCCUGUGUUGGGAUAGCUGUUCUAUAUAAAAUUAAUGCAUGAUGUAGAACAGAUAUUCCCUGAAGUAAUGUAAUAUUCAAUUGGACAUUUAUUCCUGUGAUUGUAUGUUUAAAUUAAGCCAGCUAAUUUUUUUCCCCCAUUACACAGUUGAUACAUGAAAGGAUGUUAGGGUGGAAGCAUAGUACCCUACUUGUAUUUUUUAAGUUUUAAUUUUUUGUGAGAGGUUUUUUUAAUACAUUUUUACUGUAAAAAUACAUGGAUAUGUAUGUGUUCCGUAACAAGUAUUGCCUCUGAA